GGCCCUGGAUACAAUUUGGGCUUGUGGGCCAGGCUGUCAGUUGUCUGUACCUUUGGAGAGCCUGGCAGGCUGGCCCGCCUGCUCACAACCUGCACUGUGCCCACUUACGGGGGUGGGGUCGGUGGUGGUGAUAGAUUCUGGGUUUGCAGGUGCAUCACUAAGGCAAGAUGUAGCAGCCCCAUCCUGGAAUGGCCCUGGGAUCUGGGACCCAGUGACUUCUCUUGUCCUAAUCUGCUCUGCCUUCUCAGCCCUGCUGUCUUCCCCUCCCCCAUUUGUGACCUCACGUUAUUCUAGAAUGAGCUCCUUGCUGGACCCCUUUUCCUUGUGGACCCUGCUCCAUAGUGGAGCUGGGGGCUGCAAUGGGGAUGGAAUGCUCUGGCAGCAGGUAUGGGUCCUGGAUGGAGAGAGAUGCCGCCUCCGGUGGCCAGGAAUGGAUGCCAGCCUAACCAAGGGUGUCCUUCAACCACGAACAGCUUGAUCUAGAAGCCUCUGCCUGCUGGGAACCACUGGAUGGCAAGGGAGAGAAACCAAAGGCGGGAAGAUAAGAAGGACUGGGUUGCAGAAUGGGUCACAAGCAGAAGACAGAAGGGACUCAGAGUGGGGGAAGCUGCCCUUCCACUGACCUUGAGGAUCGCCGUCAGGGUGGGAGACAGAACCUGGGCCUCAGACAAUGCCUGCCGGGGUAGACAUGAGGGAUGCUGUAGCCUUCCCCCCCCCCCCGCCCCCUCCAACCAAUGAACCUCAUAAUGGGGUUCAUUGCUGAGGCGGGAGGGGUAUCCUAGGAAGGGUGCAGCGGUGGGCCUGCCUGCCAGACACCCACAGGGAGCCUGCCCUUUCAAGCAUGAAACAUACCAUCUGGGCUCCCCCACUCCCAGUGCCCUCUUAGCUCUGCCUGCCUGGCUAGGGUCCUGGAGAACUUCUUGGAGCUCAUCCAGCAGCCAUCAUGCAAGGUGGUGCUGGGGACUGUCCUCUUAAUCGGAGGUGGAAGCCUCAUGCUGUGGCUUCAGAGGAGGAGGAGGAGGAGGAGGAGGAAGAUAGCCUCUGUGUCUCCACCAGAGGAGCGUGAGCCGCAAGAAUUCCCCAAAGCGCAGAAUGAGAACUGGAUCAAGUCUCACUUUAGCCGCCUUUCCGAAGAGAAGCUGGCCCCCUGCAGCGCCGCCGCCGCCGCUGCCAGCAGCAGUGUCACCGCCCCCCAGCCUGAGACUGUCAACAGAGAGGCCAGCACCACCGCUCGCAUGGAGACCUCCACCUCCAGGGAGCCCUUUGCCAACAAGCAGAAGGCGCCGGGGUACUCCGUGGUCAGAGAGACCCACAAGGAGUCCUCCUCCACAGAUGAGGCUACGUGGGCCGCCGUGGCUGCUAGUACUAAGGAGCUUGACACCAAGGGUCGCCAACUGGCCAACUCCAUGCUGCAGCGUGCCAUGGUGUACCGGAACUCAGGCCACUUGGAGGCCAAGGACAUCAACCAAGAGGAGCUGAAGGCCCUCCAGGAGGUGGAGAUAAAGCUGAAAAGCAAUUUCCUCACGCAGCGGGAAACCACUGUCGCUGGUAUGAACCACACACACACCUUCCAUGGCCACGGUCACCAUGGCCACCAGGAUCAUCCAAGCCACCCAAACCACCACCAGAGCCACAGCGUGCCCAACCGCAGCCAUCAGACCUAUCACCCCUUCGAAGCCACCUAACCACGGAUGGAGAUGCCCCUUCCCCCCAACAAGGCUGGCGUACAAUCACAGGCCUGUUUUCUCUCCUACGGGACAACCUUUGUGGCCCAGAGUGAGAUGCUGUCAUCCCAACCCCUUCUUCUUCAGGCCCCUAGAGGGGUCCUGGACCCCUUCAACGUCAUGAGUGGAAUCUGUCACAGAGGAUGGCCCCUAAUGGAGGAAGAGCUGGGAGGGAGCAAAGCAGCUGAAACAGACUCAAACAGGUUCCUGUAGACCCACUGAGAGAAGACAGAUGAGGCAGAUCCCAGGAGCAGCUGAGAGCUACACUGCUGCCACAUGCCCGAGCCAAUAAAGCCUUGUACCCCCCUCA